CUCGGUUCACAUCGACGGAACGAGUUGUAAGCAAAUGAGAACAUGUGUGGGAUCUGAGAGUGAGAAAAAGGCAGGGGGGAUAAGGGAGCAGGAGGAGGUGUGAUAAAAGCCAAUUUUACCAACGUGAAAAGUGGAUAAAAGAUUUGAUUGCCGGGCUAUUUUUUUUUUCUUAUUUUUCGGACUGGGAUUUUAUCGAUUCGUCACAUGCGCACGCCUCUUCAUUAUAAUUGCAGACAGUUGGGUGCUGUUCAGCCUGAAUGGACUUGAAUGUGCCACUGCCAGCUUAAUCCGUGUAGACUGGAAGAUUUAAUAAUUCACGGUAAUCACGCAUUAUCGCUUCAGUGGAUGCUCCCUACACAGCCCUGGUGAUAUUUCCCUUUUCCAUUCUUCCUGUUGUCUUCUGGAGGAAUUUAUCGACGACUGCCUGCAAAUAUGCUCCUUAUCUGAAAUAUCAUCUGUUGCUGCAACCGGAUUGAAAAGCCCCUAUGACUGACUCUGACAGGCAUUUUGGGCUGACUGUCUUGAGGUGAUGUAGACUAUCAAAUAAUCAACAUUUGAAUCAGCGUCGGACCUAUUACUCCAGGUAAAAUGGACGAAAUAAUAUUAUUAUUGUUAUUACUUCUCUUAUCUUUACACGCGAGGCUGUGAUUUUGCUUGCAUUCAACAUGAUCCAUCUCCACAACCAUCUUCUCCGGUGAAUUGUUGGGCUACUUAUUGAAUCAGACUGUAGGCUUAAUAUCCCUGUUACGAGGCGGAUUUAAGCGUGAAGUGGUAUCAAACACAGUGCGGGAAUCGUGGAGGUAUUUCCCCCACGCUCUCUACUAUCGAUUUAUUCCAUAUCAACUGAAGGGUAAAUGUUGAUGAUGGAGGACGACGAAUUAGAGGCUCAUCAGGUUGAUAUUGAUUCGGAUUUCGAGCCGCAAAGCCGGCCUCGCUCAUGCACCUGGCCAAUGCCUUGCCCGGAGGAUUUCCCCGGUGGACAUGAGGUCAGUGGGGGUCUUCCACUGGCCAACAUCAAGGUGGAACCGGAGGACAUCCCGGCUUGCAGAGCCGGGCUGGUGGGUGGAACGCCGGGAGAGCUGAAGCAUCCAGCCGGCGCCCCGGCACCCACAGGCGCGACGCACCCAUGCCUGGCUGGCGCGGCGCUCGAUGUGACUGGACAGUUGCGCAAAGCCAAAUCUUCACGGCGGAACGCAUGGGGCAACCAGUCCUACGCGGAUCUCAUCACCCGCGCCAUUGAAAGCACCCCAGAAAAGAGACUCACGCUGUCACAGAUAUACGACUGGAUGGUCCGCUAUGUGCCCUAUUUCAAGGAUAAGGGCGACAGUAAUAGCUCAGCUGGAUGGAAGAACUCGAUUCGACACAACCUGUCCCUCCACACGCGGUUCAUCCGGGUGCAGAAUGAGGGCACGGGGAAGAGCUCCUGGUGGAUGCUGAAUCCAGAGGGAGGUAAGAUGGGUAAGGCCCCUCGUCGAAGAGCGGUCUCCAUGGACAACAGCACGAAGUACCUGAAGAGCAAAGGCCGCAUCAGGGGAAAGAGGGUUGGCCGUCCAGUGAUCGGAGCUGGCUCUGCAGUGGUGGGGCUUCAGGGCUCCCCCGACCGUAGUAGCCCCCCACGGAAAGUGCUCCCAGGGGCUGGAGGUCCAUCUGGGACAGAGGCGGAGUUUGAUGCCUGGACAGAUCUCCACUCCAGGGCUAGUUCUUCAGCUUCCACCCUAAGUGGGCGUCUGUCACCCAUCCUUGCUGAAGGAGAACUAGAGGAACCAGAGGAGGGAGGCCUGUCCUGUUCCACUUCCCCCCACCUCUACCCCUCACCCUCUAGUGCCCGUUCUCCAUCCAUGGGUGCUGGGAACCACUGUCCUCCCCUGGAGCAGCUACCCCAGCUGGCUAACUUGACUGGUGCCAUCAGCCUAGAAGAGCGUCUGAUGGAGGAUGGUUACCACCACCAUCACCAGCAGCAGCCACAGCAACAUCAGCAGCAUCCCACUGUGGGCAGACACAAGCACCAAGCCCCGGUCUACCACUACAACUCUGGGGUGAAGGGCCAGAGCUCUUAUGGUGGCAACGUCUACGGACCGACGAGCAUGGGCAUGCUGCGCCACCACUCACCCAUGCAGACCAUCCAGGAGAACAAGCCAGCGAGUUUCUCUGGAACCAUGAGGGCGUACUCCAGCACCAACGCCCUGCAGAGUCUGCUAACAGGGGGCUUGGCUGGGCAGCAAUACUGUGCCAAGGACAUGAUGCUGGGGCAGGAGCGGGAAAGCCACCCCAUGAUGGGCCCAACAAGUAACGGCAUGGGCUCUACCCGCCACAGCCACCACCCUGGGCACCACAACGGCCACAGCCACAAUGGACCUCAUAGUCACAGCUCAGCUCAUAGCCAUAAUGGAACUCACAGCCAUACCCCUAGUCAUAAUCACAACAAUGUAUCCAACCACAACCACAGCUCACCUCAUAGCCACAGCCUUGGCCACAAUGGUCACAACCUCAGCCAGAGCCAUAACCACAGUCACACGCCGCCCCGGGCACAAGCCCUUGCCCCACGUGGCAGUGGCAGCCAGCUGCAGCCCUACAACCACAAAACUCCCUACCUGUACAGCCCCCCGUCACAUGCCCACCUCCCUGCCUCCACCACCCUCCCUCCAAACCCAGCCGGUAUGCUGGGCAUGCCCCAGGACUCGUGCCACCUGGCCACCGCCCCACAUCCCCGCCACAAUCAUUACCCUGGACCGCAACACCAAGGCAUGGCUGAUGGACCGUACCACCACAGCCAGGGGAUGGGAGGAGGCAGUGGUGGUGGCAGCUACCAUGGCUAUCACCAGCCUCACCCUCAUGAUAGACUACCAGCUGACCUGGACAUUGACAUGUUCCAUGGCAGCUUGGACUGCGAUGUGGAGUCCAUUCUACUCCAUGACAUUAUGGACUCUGGGGAGGAGAUGGACUUCAACUUUGACUGCUCCCUAGCUCAGGGGGUAGGAAUCGGGAUGGGUAUGGGCAUGGGUGUGGGGGUGGGUGUGGGCAUGGGAAUGGGAAUGGGGAUGGGUGGACUGGCCGGCCCACAGCAGGCCCACAACAACCAGAGCUGGGUGCCAGGAUGAGGUCUUGAAUGGAACAUCCUGCCCCCCAGAAAAACUACACUACCCAUGAAGCACUGUGCUUGACUGUGACAUUCCUGGACUUGACACAGAGACUAUAGGACCAACACUCAGUCACUCCCGCCUCUCUUUGUUGUCUUGACAAUUCCUCCCUCAUCCCCCUCUUUUGACCCCCCCCCCCCAGAGAUCUAGUUCAUGUCACAUUAGGUUUUUCCUCUCAUCAGCUAUACUGUGAUGACAAUCUCUCAGCUGUGCUUGCCCAACAUCGCUUCUCAUCUACCAUGAGAACUGAACUCUCAAUGCACUUUAAUGCAAGUGGGUCACAUCUUGCAGUACAAAGCGUUCGCAGAGCAGCUCAGGCAGAGCUUGGCAUGUUUUGUAAGGUGGCUGCAUUAUUUGACGGGAACAAAUGAAGAAAUCGCAGGCUCCGUAGAUAAGGUGUCAGAUCUUGGCAUUGAAUUAUAAUGGGGUUCUUAUUCUCAUAUGCCUUCACUGUCAGUAGUAGAGGGAUAAUUUUGUUUCAGCAAAUAUCCCUUGUGUAGCUUUGUGAUCUUAUCUUUUUGUGUCAGUUAAAUUCAGCGGUAGCUAAAAAAUUUUGCAGUGACCUGUGCCUCAUCAUUGACUUAAACGAAGAUCAGAACAUCUACAGUUGCAAUCUGAGACCUGUUUUCUUUUUAAGUGAUAAUGAAGCUGACAUGGUCAUGAGAUCUAAUCAAUAGUCUUACAUCAGCAGUGCUACUAUUUACAGCUUCAUGGGUUCAGACCUUGGCGAUGUCCGUUGACUUUACUCUUGGGUGUAGCUUUUUGUUAAUGCCCUUUUGCCAUGUUUAGAGAAUAUUAUCACUACAUCGUUAAGUGGAUUCUAUCAAUACUGGCUAGCAAGCAAUUUGGUGAAUUAAAAUGGCAUAUCACCUUGUCUCACCUGGGUCUCUGGUGCCAGUUUUUUUUUUCUCUCUCUCUCUCGUUCUCUCUCUUUCUCUUUCUCUCUCUCUCUCUGCCUGCCAGUGGAGACAAAGUGGCUAUUCCUCACACCGAGCCAUUAAUGUGGCUUGAUUGAAAUUCAGCAUCUUGCUUUUAAUCUCCAAAGUGAUGCGGUGGCAAUGCGUCAUUAUUGAGAAUCUAACGUGUCGUCCUUCCAUCUCUCACCCCGGCCGGCCAGCAGCCGCUCGCCUCUCCAACUUAAUGUGCCAAGAGAGCGAGACAAAGCUGUGAUUAACGCCAAGUCACUCUGCCUGCUGUCCUGCUCUGAGGAGGCCAAUGUCACUGUCUGCUUGCCUGCUCACAGAGGGCACAAAUGGAAAAGAUGGAGACAAGGAAAAAACAAAAGUCUGUGCUAACAGUGGGACCGCCAGCGCCACUUUCCAUGCUGUUUGGGCAUGUGUCUUAAUUAAACAGGUAGUGUACUUGUAUUGUAAAUCAUCUCCAUUAUCUGUAUUUUGUGUUCCCUUGAACAAGUUUUUAGUGCUCGUUCCCUGAGCCUAAAACACUUAAGAGGUGCAAAGAGAGAGAGAGAGAGAGAGAAGAUGGAGAAAACAAUCAGCCAAUCUGAGUGGUGUGAGUCUAUGUCAAACAGGGUUGCUAUGCCCCACGGCCAUCCGCAUCCACUUUUCGUGUGUUUAUUCUGUUGUCGUUCUCUCUUGUAGUUGUUGUUGUAUUGUUGAAAUUCUAAGGACCAACGAGGACAGCGUUAUAAUAUCGUAAGGGUGGGAUUCGAUGGCGAAACGAAAUUGGAAGUCCAGUAUUACCUUCCUAUGCUCUAAUACUGUGUACCCCUCCCACACAUGCGCUCUGUCCAAUUGUCUAUUGUUUGUGAGUGGGGGGGAGUCCAAAGCUUGUUUCUCGCUAGCCUUGGGAGAAAAAAAAAAAGAGGACACCCCUAUUCUGUGGUUCCCGUAAAGGAGACUCGCUGCGCU